AUAAGCAAACAGACAGUGUUCUGCAAAGAGCCUGAUUUCUGUCAGCGCUUUAUUACGAUGAAAAGUGAAGCUGGGAAGAGGUGUGCCACCUUGACUCUCCACCGUGGGGCCUCUGGCUUCUCCUGGCUUCCUCCAGUUCACAACCAUAGGUUGUUGAGCGCAGACUGCAGACACCAUGUCUGACUCCGUAAUUCUUCGCAGUGUGAAGAAAUUCGGAGAGGAGAAUCAUGCUUUUGAGUCAGAUGGAUCACAUAACAAUGAUAAGAAAUCGAGGCUACAAGAUAACAAGAAAGGUGAAGACAGUCAAGUUGGCUUCUUCAAACUGUUUCGAUUUUCUUCAUCGACCGACAUCUGGCUGAUGUUCAUAGGAAGUGUGUGCGCAGUGCUCCACGGAGUGACCUAUCCCGGCAUACUUAUUGUUUUUGGUAUAAUGACAGAUAUUUUUAUUGAGUAUGACACCGAAAGACAAGAACUCGAGAUUCCAGGGAAAGUGUGCAUGAAUAACACCAUUGUAUGGAUCAACAGCUCCUUCAGCCAGAACAUGACAAGUGGAACAAGCUGUGGGUUGGUGAACCUUGAAGAUGAAGUGAUCAAAUACUCUGGCAUCUACGCAGGAAUCGGCAUGGCUGUACUUCUCUUAGGAUACAUACAAAUAAAGUUUUGGGUAAUGGCCGGGGCUCGUCAGAUUAAGAAAAUGAGGAAAACUUACUUUCGGAGAAUAAUGAGAAUGGAAAUCGGAUGGUUUGACUGCACUUCUGUGGGAGAGCUGAAUGCAAGAUUCUCUGAUGAUAUUAAUAAAAUCAACGACGCCAUUGCUGACCAGUUGGCCCUUUUCAUCCAGCGCAUGUCGACAACUAUCUGUGGGUUCCUUUUAGGGUUCUACAGGGGUUGGAAACUGACCUUGGUUAUUCUCACUGUCAGCCCUCUCAUUGGGAUCGGGGCAGCCAUCCUAAGUCUGAGUGUGUCCAAGUUUACAGAGAUUGAGUUGAAGGCUUAUGCCAAAGCAGGGUCUGUUGCUGACGAAGUCCUUUCAUCUAUUCGAACAGUGGCUGCUUUUGGUGGUGAGAAUAAAGAGGUGGAAAGGUAUGAGAAAAAUCUUGUGUCUGCCCAGCACUGGGGAAUCAGAAAAGGAAUGGUGAUGGGAUUCUUUACCGGGUACACAUGGUGCCUCAUUUUUUUUUGUUAUGCACUGGCCUUCUGGUAUGGGUCCACACUUGUCCUGGAUGAAAAAGAGUAUACCCCGGGGACACUGGUCCAGAUUUUCCUCUGUGUCGUAGUGGCAGCUUUAAAUCUCGGCCACGCAACUUCUUCCUUGGAAUUCUUUGCCACUGGGCGUUCAGCAGCUACCAGUAUUUUUCAAACAAUAGACAGGCAACCCACCAUUGACAGCAUGUCAGAAGACGGUUACAAGCUAGACCGAAUCAAGGGCGAAAUUGAAUUCCAUAAUGUGACCUUCCACUAUCCUUCCAGGCCAGAAGUGAAGGUUUUAAACAACCUCAGCAUGGUCAUUAAACCGGGGGAAAUAACGGCUCUGGUGGGAUCCAGUGGGUCUGGGAAGAGCACAGCGUUACAGCUCAUCCAGAGAUUCUAUGACCCCUGUGAAGGCAUGGUGACUCUGGAUGGCCAUGACAUUCGCUCUCUUAAUAUUCAGUGGCUGAGAGAUCAAAUUGGGAUAGUGGAGCAGGAGCCCGUUCUCUUCUCCACAACCAUCGCAGAAAAUAUUCGCUACGGCAGAGAAGAUGCAACAAUGGAAGACAUAGUCCAAGCUGCCAAAAAGGCCAAUGCCUACAACUUCAUCAUGGCCCUGCCACAGCAAUUUGACACCCUUGUUGGAGAAGGAGGAAGCCAGAUGAGUGGUGGUCAGAAGCAAAGGGUAGCCAUUGCUCGAGCCCUCGUCCGGAAUUCCAAGAUCCUGCUUUUGGACAUGGCUACCUCGGCACUAGACAAUGAGAGCGAAGCCAGGGUACAAGAAGCUCUGAAUAAGAUUCAGCACGAGCACAUAAUCAUCUCAGUUGCCCAUCGCCUAUCAACAGUCAGAGCUGCAGAUGUGAUCAUUGGGUUUGAACACGGAGCAGCUGUGGAAAAAGGCACGCAUGAAGAGUUGUUAGAAAGAAAAGGUGUCUACUUCAUGCUUGUGACCCUGCAAAGCCAAGGAGAGGAAGCCCACAAAGAACGGGGCGUAAAGGGAAAAGACGCAAGUGAAGGUGGCACACUCAAGAGGACUUUUACCAGGGGGAGCUAUCGAGAGAGUUUAAGAGCUUCCAUCCGGCAGCGCUCCAAGUCUCAGAUUUCCCUUGUGGCACACGAACCUUCACUGGCCAUUGCUGAUCACAAAUCCACUUACGAAGACAGCAAGGACAAGGACCUGCUUGUGGAAGAGGUUGAACCUGCCCCGGUUAGAAGGAUUCUGAAAUUUAACCUCCCAGAAUGGCACUACAUGCUGGUAGGAGCUCUGAGUGCAGCUGUCAACGGGGCUAUCACACCCAUCUACAGCUUUUUAUUCAGUCAGAUCCUCGGGACUUUUUCACUGCCUGAUAAAGAAGAACAAAAGUCAGAGAUUUACAACAUGUGCUUAUUUUUUGUCAUCCUGGGCUGUGUAUCCAUUGUCACACAGUUUCUGCAGAGUUACACUUUUGCCAAAUCUGGGGAGCUCCUGACAAAGAGGCUGCGGAAAUUUGGUUUCCAGGCAAUGUUAGGACAAGACAUUGGCUGGUUUGAUGAUCUGAGAAAUAGCCCUGGAGUGCUGACAACCAGGCUUGCUACAGAUGCCUCCCAAGUUCAAGGGGCUGCCGGCUCUCAAGUUGGGGUGAUGGUCAAUUCCUUCAGUAACAUCGUUGUGGCCAUAAUCAUUGCCUUCUACUUUAGCUGGAAGCUCAGUCUGGUUGUAUCAUGCUUCUUCCCCUUCUUGGCUUUAUCAGUAGCCUUACAGACAAAAAUGUUGACAGGAUUUGCAUCUCAAGACAAGCAAGCUCUGGAGAAGGCUGGCCAGAUCACCAGCGAAGCCCUUAACAGCAUCCGCACAGUCGCUGGAAUGGGAGUGGAGAGGAGAUUUAUCAAAGCGUUUGAGGCUGAGCUGGAGAUGUCAUACAAGACAGCUGUUAGGAAGUCAAAUAUCUAUGGAUUCUGCUACUCGGUUUCCCAGGCGCUAGCAUUUCUUGCCAAUGCUUCUGCCUAUAGAUAUGGAGGUUACUUAGUAGUCGUGGAAGGGCUGCAUUUCAGCUAUCUUUUCAGGGUGGCCUCUUCGAUCGUCAUGAGUGCGGCAGCUAUCGGAAGAGCGUUCUCUUACACCCCAAGCUACACCAAAGCUAAAAUAUCUGCUGCGCGCUUUUUUCAACUGCUGGACCGAAAACCUCCUAUUAAUGUAUACAGUGGAGCAGGUGAAAAAUGGGACAACUUCCAAGGGAAGGUUGAAUUCAUUAACUGUAACUUUACAUAUCCAUCUCGACCUGAUAUCCAAGUUCUGAAUGGUCUCUCAGUGUCUGUGGACCCAGGGCAGACUCUGGCGUUUGUUGGAAGCAGUGGGUGUGGCAAGAGCACCAGCAUUCAACUGUUGGAACGGUUCUAUGAUCCUGAUCAGGGGAAGGUGAUGAUAGAUGGUCACGACAGCAAGAAAGUCAACAUUCAGUUCCUCCGUUCAAACAUUGGAAUUGUUUCCCAGGAGCCAGUGUUGUUUGACUGUAGCAUAAUGGACAACAUCAAGUAUGGGGACAACACCAAAGAAAUCUCCAUGGAGAGAGUCGUAGCUGCCGCAAAGCAGGCUCAGCUGCACGACUUCAUCAUGUCACUCCCGGAGAAAUAUGAAACUACUGUUGGGAUCCAGGGCUCUAGACUCUCUAGAGGGGAGAAACAACGCAUUGCUAUUGCUCGGGCCAUCGUACGAGAUCCUAAAAUCUUGCUACUAGAUGAAGCCACAUCUGCCUUAGACACAGAAAGUGAAAAGACAGUGCAGAUCGCUCUGGACAAAGCCAGAGAGGGCCGGACCUGUAUUGUCAUUGCCCAUCGCCUAUCUACCAUCCAGAACUCAGACAUCAUUGCUGUCAUGUCUCAAGGAAUAGUGAUUGAAAAGGGGAACCAUGAAGAACUGAUGGCACAGAAGGGAGCCUACUAUAAGCUGGUCAUCACUGGUGCCCCCAUCAGUUGACCCGACUGGAGACCUUCACACACAGAUCACGACGCAUCAAGUACAGGAGGGCUGCGUGUUGUUGUAGCUAUACGGAGAAGUAUUAAUGCUUUACAGACGUAGUCAUCCACUGGAAUCCAAGCUAAUUUUGAGUGACCUUCCGUAAUAAUUUCAGUUUGAAAUGUCUAUGUAGAAAGGAGAGUACCCAGCGCCAGUGUGAAUGAAAGGUCUGAGCUCAAGCAGCUGCUUACUCACCACCCAGUACUGUUCUGGGUAGGAACUGAUUGCUGUCACCAUCUAGGACUUGGUGAGAGGGCCCAGAGUUCCCUGUAGGAUAGAUGGCUGUCUUUUGCGUUCGUGAAAGCUCCUUGUACACUGAGCCUGCUCUGUAAUUUGCACUCAACUGUUUUUCGAGCCAGAUCAAGGUCAAGAGCUAAGGAUAGAAGGCUCCUGGCACUUCUGCUUUUCAUUCCCUGCCUGCCUAUUGCCUGAUUUCCCUUGCUCCUAUGAAAUCCUGUCCGUGGAAUGAAAAUGCAUCAGCUUCCUAAGUUGUUACAUAAAAAAAAAAUCUAGUAAAAAAUAGUAGAAAAAACA